CGUUUGCUUCGAUACUCAGAUUCACUUGGAUCAGAGGGGACAAAGCAGCCAUGAAAGCAUUUAUAGCCUAUAGUCUUCUCCUGACAAUCAUUAACUGGACAGAACUACAAUCAGUGGUAAUAAAUGUCACGGCUGAUGCUUUGCACAGAUUGUCUUGGUCAUUGGAUCAUACUUUCUGUGAGGAGGCGACGAAAAUAAAUGCAUUAUAUUACUUCUAUGAAUAUGCGUUCAUACUAUUCACAAACCAGCCGACUCAGAUAAAUUCCUACCAAGACUUGGUCAAAAGAACACAGAUCAUCGAACAACCUACCGAAGAAGACAUGAUCGAGGAGCAAAAGGAGGAGCAAAACGAGGAGCAAGCAAGUAAGGAGUCCGCUCCAUCAACAGA